CCACGUAGACAGGAAGCCACCAGGAUAGCUGAGGAGACAGAAGGACAGAAUCCAAUCGAGUUUGGCCUCGGUCGCCAGCAGAUGUUGAGGCUUCACCCCAGGAGGGGACGUGAAAGCCAUCGCGCAGGGAAGAACUCGCUCUCCCAGCUCACCCCCCGCCCGGGCUCUGGGGCCACGCAGGGGCGGGCUCGGGGCGCGCCGGCUCCACCAACGCCGCCCCAUUGGCCCGGAGGCCGGGCGAUCCCCGACUGGACUGCGCCUCCAAAGUUUCAUUGAAGGUGAAGUGCUCGGCCGGCCGCCCCUGAGCCCGGGCUGUGUGGCACCAGGGCGAAGCUGGAAGGCGGCGGCGGCGGGCCCUGGGCGCGCUGGCAACCAGACUGCAUUGGAUAUUUCACCUUCUUCUCCUUCUCCUUCUCCUUCUCCUUCUCCUUCUCCUUCUCCUUCUCCUUCUCCUUCUCCUUCUUCUUCUUCUUUUUUUUUUUUUUUUUUUUUAAUUUGAGGCGGUGGAGGAGGAAGUCGGAGCCUGACCCACUAGUUGUGCGCUCUCGCCUCGCUUUCUGCCCGCAGGGAAGGGGACCGGAGUCGGGAUGGGUCGCUUCUCCCGGGCGCGCGCGCGCGGCUGUCGGGGCUCCCCAGGCGCGGGGCGCAGAGGCUGAGCGCUCGGCCGCCACUGCCGGGACCCCGCGCAGCUCGGGCACCCAGGGCCUGGCAGCGUGCGGCACCCGCGAGGGCACAGGGCUCAGUGCUGGCAGCCGCGCUUCUGGGCUUCAGAGAAGGAACAGUCCUGGAAAUCUCCCCUCCCGUCCCGAACGGGAGGGCGCAGCAGGAGCCAGCUCUCUCUCUCUCUCUCUCUCUCUCUCUCUCUCUCUCUCUCUCGUCGGAGCUCCUCGCUUCUAGACCCCGGGACCCUGCCGGAGAGCGUGCGCUCCACCAGUGCUCCAGCCCCCGCCCCCGGCGGACCAAGUCUCUGUCGUGAGUCCACACUUGAUGGGCCGGCCGCGCAGGGUCGGGCGCCUGGACUGGAGGUUGCCAAGAACUUGGUGAGGGGCGACCUCGCUCGUUCCAGGCCGGGGAUAGCACAGCGCCCAGGAGGGGAGAGGCGGCCAAGUCUGGAGAGCGCGCCCUCCAGGCGGACAGCGUGGCGGCGGCGGCCCUCGCCUGAGCGAUGCUCUGGCGCCUGAGAGCUGCUGAGGGCUGCAGGCCCUAGCUGGGUAUGGGUCUGGAGCCCCAGCCUUAGGAACCGAGAGCUCGGGGCUCGCUGGACAGACACGAUGGCAUCGGAGGUGGUGUGUGGGCUCAUCUUCAGGCUGCUGCUCCCCAUCUGCCUGGCAGUAGCAUGUGCAUUCCGAUACAAUGGACUCUCCUUUGUCUACCUCAUCUAUCUCUUGCUCAUCCCUCUGUUCUCAGAACCAACCAAAGCUACAAUGCAAGGGCAUACAGGACGCCUCUUAAAGUCUCUGUGUUUCACCAGUCUUUCCUUCCUGCUGCUACACAUCAUUUUCCACAUCACCUUGGCGAGCCUGGAAGCUCAGCACCGAAUAGCACCCGGUUACAACUGUUCAACAUGGGAAAAGACAUUUCGACAAAUCGGAUUUGAAAGUUUAAAAGGAGCAGAUGCUGGCAAUGGAAUACGAGUGUUUGUUCCUGAUAUUGGGAUGUUCAUCGCCAGUCUCACCAUCUGGCUUGUCUGUAGAAACAUCGUUCAGAAACCAGUGACAGAAGAAGCAGCACAGUAUAACCCAGAGUUUGAAAAUGAAGAAUUGGCUGGAGGAGAAAAAAUAGAUUCAGAAGAGGCUCUCAUCUAUGAAGAGGAUUUAGAGGACAGAGAUGGUGUUGAAGGGGAUUUCAGAGAAAGUACAAAAUUAAAGAUGUUCCGCAGGCUUGCCUCUGUGGCUUCCAAGCUUAAGGAGUUUAUUGGCAACAUGAUAACCACCGCCGGAAAAGUUGUUGUGACCAUUUUACUUGGUUCAUCAGGUAUGAUGCUGCCAUCCUUGACCUCGUCUGUCUAUUUCUUUGUAUUUUUGGGUCUUUGCACCUGGUGGUCCUGGUGUCGGACCUUCGAUCCAUUGCUGUUCAGCUGUCUCUGCGUUUUGCUGGCUAUUUUCACUGCAGGACAUUUGAUUGGACUUUACUUGUACCAAUUUCAGUUCUUUCAAGAGGCAGUUCCACCCAAUGACUACUAUGCUAGGUUAUUUGGGAUUAAAUCAGUAAUUCAAACAGACUGUUCCAGCACUUGGAAGAUCAUAGCAAACCCAGACCUGUCAUGGUAUCAUCAUGCCAACCCCAUCCUCUUGCUGGUGAUGUACUAUACUCUAGCAACUCUGAUCCGCAUCUGGCUGCAGGAACCCAUUGUGCAAGAUGAGGGCACCAAGGAAGAGGACAGAGUGCUGGCCUGUAGCCCCAUCCAAAUCACUGCUGAGAGGAGGCGGAGCUUGUGGUAUGCCACCCACUAUCCAACAGAUGAGAGAAAACUUUUAUCCAUGACCCAAGAUGAAUACAAGCCAUCUGAUGGCCUGUUGGUGACGGUGAAUGGUAAUCCAGUGGACUAUCACACCAUCCAUCCCAAUCUCCCCAUCGAGAAUGGGCCCGCCAAGGCAGACCUGUAUUCUACCCCGCAGUACCGCUGGGAGCCUUCUGAUGACAGCUCAGAAAAGAAAGAGGAAGAAGAGGAGGAGAAAGUUGAAUUUGAAGAGGCAAGGAGCCUUGAGGGUAAAAGAAGUGUUAAAGUCCACGCCAUGGUGUCUGUGUUCCAGUUUAUCAUGAAACAAAGUUACAUCUGUGCCCUUAUUGCUAUGAUGGCUUGGAGCAUCACCUAUCACAGCUGGCUGACCUUCGUGCUUCUGAUCUGGUCCUGUACUCUUUGGAUGAUUCGUAACAGGAGAAAAUACGCCAUGAUUAGCUCUCCUUUCAUGGUUGUCUAUGGAAAUCUAUUGUUAGUGUUACAAUAUAUAUGGAGUUUUGAACUUCCUGAAAUUAAAAAAAUUCCAGGAUUUUUAGAAAAAAAAGAGCCAGGAGAACUUGCCUCAAAAAUACUGUUUACCAUUACUUUUUGGCUCCUACUGAGGCAACAUCUCACCGAGCAAAAAGCUCUUCGAGAAAAGGAAGCUCUUUUAUCUGAGGUCAAAAUCGGAAGUCAGGAAAAUGAAGAUAAAGAUGAUGAGCAAGGCAUGCAUGUGGAAGUGGAGGAGCCUAAAGAUGAAGAGGGAGAAGUUAAGGAAGAAAAGCAAGAGAGAAAGAAGGAAGAAGAAGAAGAAGAGAUGGAGGAAGAUGAUGACCAGGACAUUAUGAAAGUGCUAGGCAACUUGGUGGUGGCCAUGUUCAUUAAGUACUGGAUCUACGUCUGUGGAGGAAUGUUCUUCUUUGUCAGCUUCGAGGGUAAAAUUGUGAUGUACAAAAUCAUCUACAUGGUGCUGUUUCUGUUUUGUGUGGCCUUAUAUCAGGUGCACUAUGAAUGGUGGAGACGAAUUCUCAAAUACUUUUGGAUGUCUGUGGUCAUCUACACAAUGCUGGUGCUUAUCUUUAUAUACACAUACCAGUUUGAAAACUUCCCAGGUCUUUGGCAAAAUAUGACCGGACUGAAGAAAGAGAAGCUUGAAGAUCUAGGCUUAAAGCAGUUCACCGUGGCUGAACUAUUCACUCGCAUAUUCAUCCCCACCUCCUUUCUGCUGGUGUGCAUUUUACACCUUCACUACUUCCAUGAUCAGUUUCUGGAACUCACAGACCUAAAGUCCAUCCCCAGGAAGGAAGACAGCGCCAUCUACAGCCAUGCCAAAGUCAAUGGGCGCGUAUAUCUAAUAAUCAAUAGCAUCAAGAAAAAAUUACCAAUCCACCAAAAUGAAUUGGCCCACCCUGAAGGCAGCCUCCCAGACAUCACCAUGAUGAAUAUGACCACCAGCCUGGAGAAGCUGGACAUGAGGAAGAUGACUGGGCUAAGAGAGGAGGAACCAGAGGACUGCUCUGAACAAUCUGAGAAGGGUGAGCUUGAAAAAGACAGUGAAGAGGAUGAGGAAGAAGACGAGGAAGAGGAGGAGGAGGAGGAAGAAGAGGAGGAAGAGACAUCAGAUUUAAGGAACAAAUGGCACCUCGUGAUUGACCGUCUCACUGUGCUUUUCUUAAAAUUCUUGGAGUAUUUUCACAAGAUGCAGGUGUUCAUGUGGUGGAUUUUGGAAUUACAUAUCAUCAAAAUCGUCUCCUCCUACAUUAUCUGGGUUUCUGUCAAAGAAGUGUCCUUGUUCAACUAUGUGUUUUUAAUUUCUUGGGCUUUUGCCUUGCCAUACGCCAAGCUGCGUCGUAUAGCUUCAAGUGUCUGCACUGUCUGGACUUGUGUGAUCAUCGUCUGCAAAAUGUUGUACCAGCUACAAACAAUUAAGCCAGAGAACUUUUCUGUUAACUGUUCCUUGCCAAAUGAAAACCAAACGAAUAUACCUAUCAGUCAGUUGAACAUGUCUCUACUCUACAGUGCUCCGAUUGACCCAACAGAGUGGGUUGGCCUGAGGAAAUCCUCCCCGUUGCUUGUCUACUUGAGGAAUAAUCUUCUGAUGUUGGCCAUCCUGGCCUUUGAGGUUACAAUUUAUCGCCAUCAGGAAUACUAUAGAGGUCGAAACAACCUCAUGGCUCCUGUGUCUAAAACCAUCUUUCAUGACAUUACGAGACUCCAUCUAGAUGACGGAAUCAUUAAUUGUGCCAAAUACUUCAUAAAUUACUUCUUCUACAAGUUUGGUCUGGAGACCUGUUUCCUAAUGUCAGUUAACGUAAUUGGUCAGCGAAUGGAUUUCUAUGCCAUGAUUCAUGCCUGUUGGCUCAUCGCCGUCUUGUAUCGACGGAGAAGAAAAGCAAUUGCAGAAAUCUGGCCCAAAUACUGCUGCUUUCUGGCCUGUAUCAUCACUUUCCAGUAUUUCGUCUGCAUAGGCAUCCCUCCUGCACCUUGCAAAGAUUACCCAUGGAGAUUCAAGCAUGCCAGCUUCAAUGACAACAUCAUAAAGUGGCUUUACUUCCCAGACUUCAUUGUGAGGCCCAACCCUGUGUUUCUCGUCUAUGACUUCAUGCUGCUUUUAUGUGCCUCCUUACAAAGGCAGAUUUUUGAGGAUGAAAAUAAGGCUGCAGUAAGAAUCAUGGCAGGGGACAAUGUCGAGAUUUGUAUGAACCUUGAUGCAGCCUCCUUCAGCCAACAUAACCCUGUACCAGACUUCAUUCACUGCAGGUCUUACUUGGAUAUGUCCAAAGUGAUCAUUUUCAGCUACCUAUUCUGGUUUGUUCUCACCAUCAUCUUCAUCACUGGCACCACCAGAAUCAGCAUAUUUUGCAUGGGUUACUUGGUUGCCUGUUUCUACUUCCUCCUCUUCGGGGGUGAUCUGCUAUUGAAACCCAUCAAGAGCAUCUUGCGCUAUUGGGACUGGCUAAUCGCAUACAAUGUUUUUGUGAUCACAAUGAAAAACAUACUGUCAAUAGGAGCAUGUGGAUAUAUUGAGCAGUUAGUUAAAAAUAGUUGCUGGUUGAUCCAAGCUUUCAGCCUGGCCUGCACAGUCAAAGGCUACAAAAUGCCUGCUGCUGAUUCAAACUGCAAGCUCCCCAGCGGUGAAGCAGGAAUUAUUUGGGACAGCAUCUGCUUUGCCUUCCUUCUGCUACAAAGGAGAGUUUUCAUGAGCUACUAUUUUCUACAUGUUGUGGCUGAUAUUAAAGCCUCACAGAUUCUGGCAUCCAGAGGAGCAGAACUUUUCCAGGCCACCAUUGUGAAGGCUGUGAAGGCAAGAAUUGAAGAAGAGAAAAAGUCAAUGGAUCAGCUAAAGCGACAGAUGGAUCGCAUCAAGGCCAGACAACAGAAAUACAAAAAGGGUAAGGAGAGGAUGCUGAGCUUGACCCAGGAGUCAGGGGAAGGCCAGGAUAUCCAAAGGCUCUCUGAAGAAGAUGAUGAAAGAGAAGCAGACAAACAGAAAUCCAAGGGCAAAAAAAAGCAGUGGUGGCGGCCUUGGGUUGAUCAUGCUUCCAUGGUCAGGAGUGGAGAUUAUUAUUUGUUUGAAACGGAUAGUGAAGAGGAGGAAGAGGAAGAACAAAGAAAGGAAGAUGAAGAACUUCCACGAAAGUCCGCUUUCCAGAGAGCUAUUGGGAAGUUUGCAUCAGCCGUUUUAGCCUUGCCAAAAUCUGUCAUUAAACUUCCCAAAACUAUUCUUCAGUAUUUAAUCAGAGCUUCAAAGUUUGUUUAUCAAGCCUGGAUCACGGACCCUAAAACAGCGCUCCGACAGAGACGCAAAGAGAAAAAAAGGUCUGCAAGAGAUGAACAGAAGCGAAGGAGAAAAGGGUCUGGGGAGAGACCUGCGGUGUGGGAAGCACAAGAGGAUCAGCCAACAAAGAAGAAAUCUGAUGGGCCAGAUAAUAUCAUCAAGAGGAUAUUUAAUAUUUUGAAAUUUACCUGGGUCCUGUUUCUAGCAACAGUGGAUAGUUUCACAACUUGGCUUAACUCCAUUUCAAGGGAGCACAUUGACAUAUCAACAGUUCUGAGAAUUGAAAGAUGCAUGCUGACCAGAGAAAUUAAAAAGGGCAAUGUUCCUACCCGGGAGAGCAUCCACAUGUACUAUCAGAACCACAUCAUGAACCUUUCCAGAGAGUCUGGACUGGACACGAUUGACAGUCAACCUGGUGCCACCGCGGGCACACAGAUAGCCCGCAGGAUGGAUAGCUUAGAUUCCCAUGACAGCAUCUCCAGCUGCUACACUGAAGCAACCACGCUGCUGUUCUCAAGGCAGUCUACCCUUGAUGAUUUAGAUGGACCCGAAACUGUUCCUAAAACAAGUGAGCGUGCACGACCUAGGCUCCGUAAAAUGUUCAGCAUGGAUAUGUCCUCCUCAUCAGCUGACAGUGGCAGUUUAGCAUCAAGUGAGCCCACCCAGUGCACCCUGCUGUACUCACGCCAGGGCACCACAGAAACCAUUGAGGAGGUGGAGGCCGAGCAGGAUGAAGAGGCGGGGGUCACUGGGGAUCCCGGUGAGGUGAGUGAGGCCACGGUGGACAUAGGGCCUGAGGAGGAAAUAGAAGAAGAUGUCGAGGAAGAAAUUGGCCUCACUCCGGACACAGAGCUGCUGCAGUACUCCACGGAGGAGGGCGACAUGGAGCUCCCCCCCUCCUACAGCAAGGCAGUCAGCUUCGAGCGCUUGUCUUUUGGCUCUCCGGAUGUCUCCACAGGCCAGAACCGCAUGGCAGUCAGUCCAGACGACAGCCGCUCCGACAAGCUGGAGUCCAGCAUUCUACCACCUUUGACUCACGAGCUGACAGCCAGUGAGCUGCUACUGAACAAAAUGUUCCAUGAUGAUGAGCUUGAAGAGUCAGAGAAAUUCUAUGUCGGGCAGCCUCGGUUUUUGCUGUUGUUUUACGCCAUGUACAACACGCUGGUGGCCCGCUCCGAAAUGGUAUGCUACUUCGUGAUCAUCCUCAACCACAUGGUGUCUGCCUCCAUGAUCACCCUUGUGCUUCCUAUUCUCAUCUUUCUCUGGGCCAUGUUGUCUGUGCCGAGGCCCAGCAGAAGGUUCUGGAUGAUGGCCAUCGUCUACACAGAGGUGGCAAUUGUGGUCAAAUAUUUCUUCCAGUUUGGGUUCUUUCCUUGGAAUAAGAACUUGGAGCUGAACAAAGAUAAGCCUUACCACCCACCUAAUAUCAUAGGAGUGGAAAAGAAAGAAGGCUAUGUUCUGUAUGACCUCAUUCAACUGCUGGCACUUUUCUUUCAUCGAUCAAUCUUAAAGUGCCAUGGCUUGUGGGAUGAAGACGACAUCGCUGACAGCGGCACAGACAAGGAAGGGUCAGAUGAUGAGCCCUCCCUUGGUCACAGCAGAAGAGCUUCCUCUGAUUCCCUGAAAUCCAUCAACCUGGCAGCGUCUGUGGAGUCUGUGCAUGUGUCCUUUCCCGAGCAGCCCGCGGCCAUCAGGAGGAAGCGCUUAGACAGCAGCUCCCAGAUAUCCCCAGGAUCCAGCUUUUCGUCAAACAGGUCCAGAAGAGGCAGCACAAGCACCCGAAACAGCAGUCAAAAAGGAAGCAGUGUUUUGAGUAUCAAACAAAAAAGCAAAAAGGAACUUUAUAUGGAAAAAUUUCAAGAACAUUUAGUCAAAGCCAAAGCAUUUACCAUUAAAAAGACUCUGCAGAUGUAUGUGCCCAUCCGACAAUUCUUUUACAACCUCAUCCACCCGGACUACAGCGCAGUGACUGACGUGUACGUGCUCAUGUUCCUGGCGGACACCGUGGACUUCAUCAUCAUCGUCUUUGGCUUUUGGGCCUUUGGGAAACACUCGGCAGCAGCAGACAUCACCUCUUCACUGUCGGAAGAUCAGGUCCCGGGGCCAUUUCUGGUGAUGGUCCUCAUUCAGUUUGGCACCAUGGUGGUGGACCGGGCACUGUACCUCAGGAAGACUGUACUAGGGAAGGUCAUUUUCCAGGUCAUUCUUGUGUUUGGGAUUCAUUUCUGGAUGUUCUUCAUUUUGCCAAGCGUGACUGAAAGGAAGUUCAGCCAGAACCUGGUUGCCCAGCUUUGGUACUUUGUGAAAUGUGUGUACUUUGGACUGUCUGCCUACCAAAUCCGUUGCGGCUACCCGACACGAGUCCUUGGAAACUUCCUCACAAAGAGCUACAAUUACGUCAACCUCUUCUUGUUUCAAGGGUUCCGCCUCGUCCCGUUUUUGACCGAGCUGAGGGCUGUGAUGGACUGGGUGUGGACAGACACAACCUUGAGCCUCUCCAGCUGGAUCUGCGUGGAGGACAUCUACGCUCACAUAUUUAUCCUCAAGUGUUGGCGGGAGUCAGAAAAAAGAUACCCUCAGCCCCGGGGGCAGAAGAAGAAGAAAGUGGUCAAGUACGGCAUGGGAGGCAUGAUCAUCGUCUUGCUCAUCUGCAUUGUGUGGUUUCCUCUUCUCUUCAUGUCUCUGAUCAAAUCUGUAGCUGGAGUGAUCAACCAGCCCCUGGAUGUCUCGGUGACAAUUACCCUCGGAGGGUAUCAGCCAAUUUUCACAAUGAGUGCACAGCAAAGCCAGCUGAAAGUCAUGGAACAGGCAACGUUUGAAAGCUUUCUAGAUGCUUUCUCUAGUGACACAGGUGCUAUGCAAUUUCUGGAAAAUUAUGAAAGAGAAGACAUAACAGUAGCAGAACUGGAAGGAAACUCAAAUUCUUUGUGGACCAUCAGCCCUCCCAGUAAGCAGAAAAUGAUACACGAACUCACGGACCUCGAUAAUAACUUCUGUCUUGUUUUUUCAUGGAGUAUCCAGAGAAACAUGAGUCUGGGUGCAAAAGCAGAAAUCGCAACAGACAAGCUUUCUUUUUCUCUUGCAAAUAUUACAAGAGAGAAUAUAGCUAAAAUGAUAGCUGGCAAUGAUACAGAAAGUUCAACAACACCAGUGACUAUUGAGAAGAUCUACCCCUAUUACGUGAAAGCACCUAGUGAUUCUAACUCCAAACCUAUAAAGCAACUUUUAUCUGAAAGUAAUUUCAGGAAUAUCACCAUCAUUUUGUCUAGAGAUAAUACACCUAAUUCUAAUAGUGAAUGGUGGGUUCUCAAUUUGACUGGAAACAGACUGUAUAAUCAGCAUGCGCAGGCCCUGGAAUUGAUAAUCUUCAAUGACAAAGUCAGUCCCCCCAGUCUGGGAUUCUUGGCUGGCUAUGGUAUCAUGGGAUUAUACGCUUCAGUUGUCCUUGUGAUUGGGAAAUUUGUCCGUGAAUUCUUCAGUGGAAUUUCUCACUCUAUCAUGUUUGAAGAGCUUCCCAAUGUGGAUCGGAUUUUGAAACUGUGCACAGAUAUUUUUUUAGUCCGAGAGACAGGAGAACUGGAAUUAGAAGAAGACCUCUAUGCCAAAUUAAUAUUCCUGUACCGUUCACCAGAAACCAUGAUCAAAUGGACUAGAGAAAAAACAAAUUGACACCCUAGGACACAGAACUUACAUCUGUGAGUUUUCAAACAGAAAAAGAACCAAAAAGCACAAUAUUCUCCUAUGAGCUGAGCAUUUCUCAUUUGAUGGAAAUAGUUUCUCUUUGGACAGGUGGCCAAGAGGAGUCGACUUCCUUUUGUAAUCAAAGCUACCUGACCAGCUAAGGCGCUGUUGAAAAAGUUCUUUGUAAUUCCAUUUCUCUGAAUCAGGGCUACUUGCUUUAUGUUUCUGUCAACAGCGUCUUGCAUUCAGAUUGACUGUGUGAAGGAGUCCUGUAUGGGUGUUCUCCCUCAGAGAAACAGAAGAGUAGGAGAAUUGAAAAAAAUGACGCCAUGUUUUCCUGUCGGAGAAUGCACCCUCACUAUAAAGAGAGGCUGUCAUACAAACACAGAGCACAGGUGGAGGGGGAAGCGGCCAUGAAAACAGAUGGUCCCUCCGCACACCCCAGCCCUGCAACAGUGAUGGGAGACAGAGAACUCCUAAGGGGAAAAGAGAGUCAAUGGUCCAUGAGGAAGCCCAUGGAAAGAUAAGCCUCAUUCUAAGCAAAAAGAUACCCUUAGUAACACUCUUACUGCCUUAUCUUAUCUGAAGACUAAGAAUUUUUUUUUCCAUUGAACACCAGUGACUUCUCAGGAAAACAAACAAAAAAUACAAUAUGUGGACAUCUGUUUUGUCAAGGCCCAGCAAACUACUCACUUAAAUGGUAGAGGCUGUUCUAGCUCAGUUAUUGUUCCCUGUGAAACAAAGAUUGGUACAAAGACAAAACAAAACAAAACAAAAACAAACAAAAUGGCACCCAGCUGGAUGUGAAAUAGAUUGACUCUUUCCAGCCCUGGUCAUUCUUCUACCUUUACUCAUUGUCCCUCCCUCCUUCGACAUGCUUUUCCCGUUCCCAUGAUUUAAGGCAAUGAUUUUUCCAGUAUGUGACAUUUCCCUUCCUGUCUUUUCAGGUAUGUCAAAGAGUUUACAUAUUCCAAUUCACAUUUUUACAUCCAAGACGGGUUUUUUUAAGUUCAUAAUUAUGAAAGAAAUACACAUAUUGAGCUUGGGGAAAUCAAAAUGGCCUUUUUCUUAAAUUAUUGUUGGUAAUACGACUUCUUCAUUAAAUAACAAUGUAGCAUGAAAAAUUAAUGAUUGAAAUGUAGUUUUCAUUCCAUAGUGAAAUAGUUUCUGAGAAGAAUCAUUCAAUGGUCUGGGAUAUUAAAAAAAAAAAAAAAAAGAUCCUAUGUAGUUUGAAUUCAGGACUGAUUUAAAAUAAAGCACAUCUUGCAAAGUCA